CCCCAGGACAAGGGCCCUUAUAAAAAGACUGCGCAGCUCCACACCUCAGUGCGGGGUGAGCACAGGGGGGACCAUGGACUUCAUCAGCAUCCAGCAGUUGGUAAGUGGAGAAAGAGGUGAGAGGAAAGUGUUGGCGAGUGAAUAUGGCGUUCGAGAUCCUGGAGGCUGGCCCAGAGGCUGGAGGCUCCAGCCCCAAGAGGCCAAUGCCCAGGAAAGACAGAGGCUGGAAGAAGAGAAAAAGAAGAAACUGGAGAGAUUUCAUAGCUCCAGGAUUAAACUGGAGAACCUGGCUGACUUGGAAAACUUUGUUCAGAGACGAAGAGAAAAGAGACUCAAAAUGAAGCACAGAGGAGUCCCCCCCAGGGCACCAGAGCCCCUGGUGGAGUCGCAGCCUCAGGCCCUGCUGGAGCCCGUGGACCUAGAGAGGUUCCUGAAGGCGGCUGCUGAGAACCAGGAGGCCUUGGUUGACAAGUACCUGGUGGACGGAGGGGACCCCAAUGCCCAGGACAAGCUCCACCGCACAGCCCUGCACUGGGCCUGCCUGAAGGGGAACCAGCAGCUCGUGAAUAAGCUGUUGGAGGCUGGCGCCAACGUGGAAGCACGGGACCUGCUGGACAGGACCCCCAUCUUCUGGGCAUGUCGGGGAGGACACCUAGACAUUGUCAAAGAGCUACUGAACCAGGGAGCCCAGAUCAAUGCCCGGGACAAGAUCUGGAGUACCCCCCUGCACGUGGCGGUGCGCAUGGGGCACUGUGACUGCCUGCAGCACCUCAUCGAGUGUGGGGCCCAUAUUGACGCACAAGACAAGGAAGGGGACACAGUACUACAUGAGGCUGUACGACAUGGCCACUACAGGGCCAUCAAGGUGUUGCUGCUGUACGGGGCCCAGCUGCAAGUGCAGAACCAAGCAUCCAUGACCCCAGUGCAACUAGCACGUGACUGGCAGCGGGGCAUCCGAGAAGCACUGCAGGCCCAUAUAGGCCACCCACGGACCCGUUGCUAG